CUGCACCGAGCCGCCGCCGGGGCCGGCGGUGCGCCCAGCUCUCCCUUCCCCGGGCAGAGAUGGCCGCUGCCGGGGCGCUCCUGGCCUGGUGCAUCCAGCAGCUGCGCGGCGACUUCGGGCUGGAUGUCAGCGAGGAGAUCGUGGGGUACAUCUUGUCAAUUGAAAAUGAGGAGGAGAUCCGAGAGUAUGUAAUUGACCUCAUCCAGGGGACUGAUGGGAAGAAGAGUCAGUUUAUAGAAGAGCUGGUAACCCAAUGGAGAAAGUCCUCUCAGCCGGCUUCCAACCCUUUGCCAGUGUAUAGAAAAAGAGACGAGAUUUCAGAUGUGCAACGGGCUGGAGACCAAGGCAAGAGAGGGAGACGCAAAGGAAGGAACAAGCAAGAAACAUCUCUGUAUACUGAGCCGAACCUGCCUGCAGAGGAAGUAAAAACACCCCUUGAUCUCGCCAAGGCACAGGAGAUGGGCAGUGAUGGCAGUGUCAGCAGCACCUCCAAGAAGAAGGCCAAAUUCGUCAACUUGUACACCAAGGAGGGGCAGGACAAACUGGCGGUCCUGAUCCCCGGACGCCAUUCCUGUGAGUGCCUGGGCCAGAAACACAAACUCAUCAAUAACUGUUUGACCUGUGGCCGUAUUGUCUGCGAACAGGAAGGCUCCGGCCCCUGCUUGUUUUGUAGUACACUGGUGUGCACGAAGGAAGAGCAGGACAUUCUGCAGCGUGACUCAAACAAGAGCCAGAAGCUGCUGAAGAAGCUCAUGGCAGGUACUGAGAGUUCUGGGCAGAUGGAGAUCCUCAGCAGGGACCUGCUGCCUCGUCAGGAAGCUCGGCUUAAGACAGGUCUGGAGUUGGCUGUGAAACACAAAGACAAGUUGCUGGAAUUUGACAGAACGAGUGUGUGCCGUACCCAAGUCAUCGAUGACGAGUCGGAUUACUUUGCUACAGACUCCAACCAGUGGCUGUCCAAACAAGAGCGCGAGGCGCUGCAGAAGAGAGAGGAGGAGCUGCGAGAGCUGCGCCACGCUUCUCGACUUGGCAGAAAAAUCACCAUUGACUUUGCUGGCAGGCAGAUCUUGGAGGAGCAGGACAGUAUGGCUGAAUAUCACAGCAAGUUGGAUGAAACGUUAGAUGCCAUUAACUGUGGCACAUUAAGCAAGCCAUCGAGGAGCCCCAAGGGGAAGUUUGAAGAGAGCUCUGGGCUUCUGGUGAAUCCCCACCUUCUCCAGCCUGCCCCCUUGUGGGUAGACCAGACUGGAUUGCUCCUGCACAGAAAAACUGCCCAUUCUGCAGAAAUGGGGCAUGAGUCUGCCUCCGAAAGGAACAGGUUACGGAUUCAGGAUCGAGAAUUACAGGAGAUCUCAGAUGAUGGCUGGUGUCUCAGCAUGCACCAGCCUUGGGCUUCCUUGCUGAUAAAAGGAAUCAAAAGGGUGGAGGGCAGGACCUGGUACACAUCCCACAGAGGGCGGCUGUGGAUAGCAGCGACUGCUAAAAGACCAUCCCCUCAAGAAAUCUCUGAGCUAGAGGCCACCUACAGAAUGCUGCUCCGGGAAGAUGUGGAAUUUCCCAGAGAUUAUCCUUCUGGGUGCCUCCUGGGUUGUGUGGACUUGACUGACUGUCUAUCACAAGAACAAUUCAAGGAGCAGCUUUGCAGUUCACCUUCUAAACAUCAGUGCAACUGGGCUGCAGCCAGACAGAGCUUCAGUGGAUUCCCUUUCUUGUAUCCGGAGUUGAGCCAGGAGUCUGGGUCUCCGUUUGUCUAUGUCUGCACUAAUCCCCAGGAGAUGAUUGUGAAGUUUCCCAUCAAAGGAAAACACAAAAUAUGGAAACUGGAUUCAAAGAUUCAUCAGGGAGCAAGGAAGGGGUUAAUGAAGCAGAAGGCGAUUGUUUGAGCUCCUCACCCACCAGGAGCCCAGCCCAGCUGCUCUUCCUGAGGCCUUUGGGACAGCAUGGAGGUGGAAGGUUCUGAAAGGCAGGUGCUUCCAGGGGUACUGAGAGCAUUGUUAAAAUAUCUGACUAUUGUAUUCUGAAACCAUUAAACGCGGAGAGCUUUGUGCCUCACUCUCUACAGGCACAGAGCCCAGCCAGUCUUGCAGCUGGGAGUUUCCUGUGUCUUAAAAGACCUCUGGUGCUUUGGCUGCAGAGGCUGGUCUGAUGGCAAGCUCAAUGGAGUGCUGGCAUCUGGCUCCGUCUGCUGGGGCACGGCACUCAAAGCACGCCCCAGACUGGGUCAGAGGAUUUGGAAACAGGCCAACGCCAGCCAGCAGCUCCUUGUUGUCCAGCAGGUCCGAGCUGGUUCAGCCCUGGUGGUGUCAGUAUCCUCUCCCUGGGCAGCUAGAGGAAGAGAAAUUGUGACUCCAUGUCCGUUGGCCAGAGCGGGUCAGGCACAUCGCAGCACCAGGCUCACGGGAGUUGUGCUGCAGCUGCUCACAGAGCUGCUUUGGCAGCAGUUCCUGCUGGAGCCGCCUUGGCAUGCAGUGUGCUCUGUUAUAGCAGGAGACAUACCGGUGAAAAAAGCUGAAUGUUAUAAAGCUGGGCCGGGCCCCAUCCCUGCCUCUGCAGAGUGCAGGCCGGAGGGGAAAGGUGAACUCAGCGCUUUGCCCCCUCUUUCUCAGAGCUUUAUGUGCGAGGCUGUUUCCCUGAGUGGUUAGUAGCAGCUCUUGGCGUCUCCAGCAGCUGGGCAGGCUUCAGUCUGGGCUCCGUUUUUAUUCCAACCAGCUGCCUGCCCAUGAGAGCUGGCUCCCCUCCAGUAGCUGUGCACGUGACUUGGAAAAAAAACCGCCUCCUGUGUUAGGAAUCAGAUUGAUUUCCCCUGUCUUUAAUCCUUCACAUUCAGCAUCUCUGUGCAGUGACAUGCCUGUGUGCGUUGGUGCUCACUGGGCUGUGUGCCUGCCGUGCUGCGUCGCUCCAGGCGCCAGUUCGACACGGCCUAAGCGUUACUGAUUCCCAGCCGAACCCACCCCGCCCCCUCCCUCACGUUCUAACCCAGAGCGAUGUCACUUUGCACCGCCACGCCGUGCAGAGCAGCAGAUCACCCGAGAGGCGCACCAGAGCCCCAAGGUUAGAUGCUCUCAGUUCAUUAUGCAGAUAAUGGUUAAGUUGCCCUGACCCUGCUGCCCUCUUUGUCUAUCACCACAACACACUGGGAGCCAGGAGGGCUUGGAGCAUUCUCAGCAGAAGGCCCAGUGCAUCACUUCAUUAUUCUGGAGGUGAGCAGCCGGAGCCAUAGGCGUUCUCAGCUAGAAGGGAAUUAACUCAGGCGACAUGCAAAUGCCAUCCUCAGCCUCGGUGCCAUAUCCUGGCUCAUCCUUUGCUCGGUUUGUGUCUUGUGUGUCACACUGUCUCUGAGCGAUAUGGAUUCGAGUACAUGUAGAUCUCAGCCAGGCUGUCCCAGCUCUGCUCUGCCUGGAGCUGGCUCUGAGUUUACUGCAGGGAAGCUGCCAUUCCCUAGGACAAGGAGAAACGGGGGUAGGGGGUUCUCCCUUCCUUCCUCUUCUGGUCCUGCCCAGUCUGUAAAAUUCCCCCUUCCCAAAAUGGCCUUGCUCACCUACUGGUAAAAUUCCCUCCAGCUGGACUUUGGCCCCAGGCCCUUCCCCCUUACCUGGCAGCCCUGCACCCUCAUGUUAAUUGCUUUUUGGUAACUGUUUCUCCUCCAGUGGCAGCUAUGGCCUCCACUCCAGUCAGGGCCCUGGUCUGCUGGGUGCUGCCCAAACCUCACCUGCUGCCUGCCCCAAAGUAUCUGUGCUCUAAGACUAAGCCAAACAUCUCCAGCGACUGCAGAGAUCUGAGCUGGAGGCAGAGCAGGGGAUCGGAGGAGUUGAGAGGCAGUUGCUCCAUAGUGAUUGGGGAUAGACAACUGCUGGGGCUGGGAAAGGAGGAGAGACUCACCUGUGCUGGCUGAGAUACAGGCUGCUCUGGUGCCAGAUGCAGGAGCUCUGGGGCCCUGCAGCCCCCUGUGCUGGCUCUGUGGGUGUAGGUGGUUAAUACAGCUCUCACCAGGUGGUGUGGUGCUUCUGGAACAGACCUAGGCCAGCCCCCAAUGGGGACCUGCUGGGCAGAUCAGGCCUUGGUGAAGCACUUUGGGAGACUAUUCGGGGCUGCAGGAUUACUCCAUAGGGAGCAGCAGAGCAGGCCCCACUGCUGCUCUAGCUUAUGCUGCUGCCCACUGUGUUUGCCAUUUGUGCGUCCUUGAGUCUAGCGCUAAGGGUGGCAAAUUGCCUCCUGGCUGGCUGUGCUGGGCUCUGGGCUCUGGCCCCUGUCCCUGGCUCUAACUUGGGCAGGCCAUGUGGUCUCUGGGUGCCUCUGCUUUCCUGUUUGUAAAGUGGGGCUAGUGCCCCAUUCACAGACUUAAGGUCAGAAGGAACCAUUAUGAUCAUCUAGUCUGACCUCCUGUACAAUGCAGGCCACAGAAUCUCACCCAUCCACUUCUAUAACAAACCCCUAACCUAUGUCUGAGUUACUGAAGUCCUCAAAUUGUGGUUUGAAGACCUCAAGCUGCAGAGGAUCCUCCAGCAAGUGACCCGUGCCCCAUGCUGCAGAGGAAAGCGAAAAACCUCCAGGGCCUCUGCCAAUCUGCCCUGGAGGAAAAUUCCUUCAUGACCCCAAAUAUGGCAAUCAUCUAAACCCUGAGCAUGUGGGCAAGACUCCCCAGCCAGCACCCAGGAAAGAAUUCUCUGUAGUAACUCAAACCCCAUCCCAUCUCACAUCCCAUCACAGACCACUGGGCAUAUUUACCUGCUAAUAAUCAAAGAUCAAUUAAUUGCCAAAAUUAGACUAUCCCAUCAUACCAUCCCCUCCAUAAACUUAUCAAGUUUAAUCUUGAAGCCAGAUAUAUCUUUUGCCCCCACUACUCCCCUUGGAAGGCUGUUCCAGAACUUCAGUCCUCUAAUAGUUAGAAACCUUCGUCUAAUUUCAAGUCUAAACUUCCUAGUGUCCAGCUUGUAUCCAUUUGUUCUUGUGUCCACAUUGGUACUGAGCUUAAAUAAUUCCUCUCCCUCCCUGAUAUUUAUCCCUCAGAUAUAUUUGGGUGUGGGAAGGCUCAGUGGGCCAGCAAGGGGUUUCACAAACCAAGGGGAGCCUGCCUGCCUUCCAGCCUGUGGCCCCAGCUGCACUAGAGUAGGGAUGGGCAUGGGCUGCAGUUCUGGGGUGCAGUGUGGACAGGCUGGUUUGCACCCCAUGAAGCUCUGAGCUCCCCAAGGCACUGACAGGGGCCAGCUUGUGUCCAGGGUGGGCAUGGGGCCCUUGCCUUGGGCCUCAGACUGUGCUGGCCUCCUAACCAUCCCUUGGGCAUGUCCAGAAUGGGUUGAUACUGCAGCUGUGUUGGGAUUGGCUGUCAGGCUUGGCCUGGCCCCUGCUCACCCACUGUCUGGGUCUGCGGACUUGGCUAAUGUGCCCAGUUACACCCCCAGGCAUCCCAUAGCAAGAAUCUGACCUGCCCCUGCCCCGCUAUUGCCCUACUGGGCUGUGCACACUCCUCCAGGAGGCAGUGCUCUGCCCUGAUUCCUCCACCCCUGACUGGGUGAGCACCUGGUCCCAUCUGUACUUCACCAGAGUCUCACACAACCUCCACUAGCACAACGCCCGCAGCCGAGCACAGCACAGCCUGCCUGCCCAUCCCCCGCUCCUUGGUGAGGGCAGAAAGGGAGGCAAGACUGGCACAAGGUUUGCGGGCACUGCCUGGGGGUGCGGUGCUGCUCAUGGUGCUUCCGUGCAAGCAGCCUAGUUUCUUGCUCCCAUCCGGUACCCCCAGCCCUGGCUCCUGAGCGGUGGCUGAAUUUCGGUGUGGAAGGAAGUGAGCCUUGUCUAGGUGUGUAAUGUACAUGCAGGCCACCCCACCCAGCCCUAGUGCAGGAAGUUAGAGCCGAGCUGGGCACUAUGACUGCAAAGGCUGAAAGAUACUCGGGGAAUGGAGCCAAGAUUCCCAGCCCUUCCCAAGGCCCCUCUCAGUGUGUAUUAGAUGCUAGCCCCCUAUCUCCCCAUACAUACAGAGCCGUGUGUCACCAGCAGCCUGUUCUCACACAGCUCCCCUGGGGCCAUGGGAGAUCCAGGUGAGACUCACCCCUUGGGGCCAGCUUCUGCUCUGAGUGCCCCCAGCCUGAAGCCAGCAGAGGCAGUGGAACAAAUCCGAGCAGGACAUGGAGAGUUCCUUGGAUCUCUUCCUGGAUUUGCUCGCCUUAGUCACAGCCCUACAUUGCCCCAGGGAGCUGGGCUAACUCGGUGAUCAGGGUCUUUCCUUCUCCAGGACUGAAUUCUCCUUAUCUCCCUCCUGCACCCACUCCCCUGGCUGCCAUCUCCUCCCUCCCUCAUCCCUUCUCCAGUCUCAGCCAUGCAAGAGCCUUCUCCUCUGCUGCUCUCCGGGGCAGUCUCCUUGAGCGCGCAGCCUUACUGGCUCUCCCCCUUGUUUCAAAUCUGCCUUGGUAGGCAGCACUCACUUCCUCUCAGAGUCCCUCCCACAAGUUAAUUUAUUCAUGAUGUCAUUCAUUUCCCCAUGUUUUACACUGCACAUGAUCUUGUCUAAAGCCAGCGUGGCUCCAGUUUGUGUGAAUGACCCUGAAGAGAAUAAAGUGCCUUUGCCGCCUUUAUGUUA